AUUCUCUGGGGAGGUUCCGGGCCUCAGGGGUGGGGUAAAAGUUUGAAUCAUGGCUCCCUGCCUCAUGCCAGGAUCCCUGUAGCUGCCAGCUGUGCCAUGGAUGAGCUGUUACUGCCAACAGUGGGAGACAAUGAUCCCAUUGUCCACUGCAAGGGGCGUCCCCACAAGGACUGCUGCGAGCGGGUCGUGAUCAAUGUUUCGGGCCUACGCUUUGAGACUCAAGCAAAGACCUUGCGCCAGUUCCCCGAUACCCUACUGGGGGACCCACGACGCCGCGUGCGCUAUUACGAUCCUCUCCGCAACGAGUAUUUCUUCGACCGCAACCGGCCCUGCUUCGACUCCAUCCUGUAUUAUUACCAAUCGGGAGGGCGGCUCCGGCGACCGGCUAACAUCCCCAUCGAUGUCUUCCUGGAGGAACUCAAGUUCUACCAGCUCGGGGAGGAGGUCCUCUCCAAAUUCCGCAACGACGAGGGCUUCAUCAAAGAAGAGGAGCAGCCCAUGCCCAACAGGGAAUUCCUCAAACAGGUGUGGCUGCUCUUUGAGCAUCCCGAGAGCUCCCAGGCGGCCCGCAUCAUCGCGAUAAUCUCCGUGAUGGUCAUCCUCAUCUCCAUCGUGAUCUUUUGCUUGGAGACCCUGCCUGAGUUUCGGGAUGACCAGGACAUGUCAUUACCGCCUUCUCAUCAUCGCAUGAAUACCAGCAUACCACACGUCGCACCAUCAAAGAACCAUUUCGACGAUCCCUUCUUCAUCGUGGAGACCAUUUGCAUUUGCUGGUUCUCCUUUGAGCUCUUGGUGCGCUUCCUAGCCUGCCCGAGUAAGCCGGCUUUCUUCAAGAACAUCAUGAACAUGAUUGAUUUCGUGGCCAUCAUCCCUUACUUUGUAACUCUGGGCACCGAAGUUGCUCGCCAGAAGGGAGUGGCCCAGCCCGCCAUGUCCUUGGCCAUCCUCAGGGUCAUCCGGCUGGUGAGGGUCUUCCGAAUCUUCAAGCUCUCCAGGCACUCCAAAGGCUUGCAGAUCCUCGGACAGACGCUCAAGGCCAGCAUGCGGGAGCUCGGCUUGCUCAUCUUCUUCCUCUUCAUUGGCGUCAUCCUCUUCUCGAGUGCCGCCUACUUUGCUGAAGCCGAUCACGAGGGCACGUCCUUCACCAGCAUCCCCGCAGCCUUCUGGUGGGCUGUGGUCAGCAUGACAACAGUGGGCUACGGCGACAUGUACCCUGAGACCAUGGGUGGCAAAAUUGUGGGCUCCUUGUGUGCCAUCGCGGGAGUCCUCACCAUCUCCCUCCCGGUGCCUGUCAUCGUCUCCAACUUCAGCUACUUCUAUCACCGCGAGACUGAGUGCGAGGACAUGGGCCAGUACACCCACAUCACUAUGUGCCCGUACACCCCACCGCCCUCCCCUGCCACCAUCCGGGAGAAAGCUCAUCUCAGGGAGAAACACCACAGGGACGCUGUGCAGCAUUCGGAACUGCUGGAUGGCGUGGUGACCAUGGGCAACUCCGAAGCACCCAACAAACGCCUUGUGACCGAAGUGUGACCACCCAGUCCAAGCACCUG